GGAGUGUGGAAGGAAGGGGGAGGGAGAGAGCGCCGCACUGUGUGUUUGUGUGUGAGUGAGUACUGUGAUGCUGGGCAGGCGGUGGGCGCACCCCGAGCAGUUUCUCCCCCUUUUGCUCAGGCUGCUGGCUCUGGGCUGCGGGGUGGUGUUGAUCUGUGAGCUGGCCAUUUACUACAUGGUACUGCUGCGUUGUGGCUGGCCCCGGUUGAAAGCUCCGGCUGAGCCCGGCCAGGAUAGACCCUCAGCGCCAGCGCUCAGGACUUUGUUCCUCGCAGACACCCACCUCCUGGGAGCCCUCAGGGGGCACUGGCUGGACAAACUCCGGAGGGAAUGGCAAAUGGAGCGGGCCUUUCAGACGGCUCUGUGGCUCUUCGAACCAGAUGCUGUGUUUGUUCUUGGUGACCUCUUUGACGAAGGGAAGUGGAGCUCCCCCAAGGACUUUAAAGAAGACGUCAGGCGUUUCCGAAUGAUGUUCAGACAUUCUGCCAGCACAGAGUUGUUUGUGGUUGUUGGGAAUCAUGACAUUGGCUUCCAUGAUGAGAUGGAUUGGUACAAACUGCAGAGGUUUGAUGAUAUAUUUAACUUCUCCUCCGCUAAAGUGGUGUCCAGGAAAGGAGUGAAUUUUGUGCUGGUUAACAGCAUUGCCUUGCAAGGGGACGGUUGCUCCAUUUGUGAGAAAGUAGAAAACGAUCUCCAUCAGCUCUCCCUGGCACUGAAUUGCUCCCGACAGUUGGAUCCAAAUCAUUCCGGUGGGAAUUGUAAAGAUAAGGACAUAUUCCCUGAAUCAGCUCCGAUUUUACUCCAGCAUUAUCCCCUCUAUCGAGUCAGUGAUGCCGAGUGCACGGGCGAGGACUCUGCUUCCCCUGAAGAGAAGAAGCUGCUGUUUCGGGAGCGGUACGACACCUUGUCUGUUGAAGCUUCUAACAUGCUGCUGUGGUGGCUUCAGCCCCGCUUGGUCCUGAGCGGCCACACGCACAGCGCCUGCACCGUGCAGCACGGCUCCCAGCGGCCCGAGAUCAGCAUCCCCUCCUUCAGCUGGAGGAAUCGCAACAACCCCAGCUUCCUCCUGGCCACUAUUACAGCGACUGACUUUGCAAUCCACAAGUGUUUUAUGCCAAGAGAGAGCACUGUAUUCACCAUUUACAUGGCAGCGGGCGGUAUGGCCGUCCUCCUGAUCGUGUUACAUUUCCACCUGUUCCAGUGGGCGAUGCAUAACCUGACUCACAAACUCGUCAACCUGAUCAAAGGCCACCGAUGUGACUAGCUGCUCCUGUCAGUAUCUGGUGAUCUGCAUUGGGUGAGAUUCUGUGGGCUAUGCUGAUAUUCCUUUGAAGUAAGGAAAUAUCUGUGAAGCUCUUCCAAUCUCAUUGGAUUGCUGCAGGUCAGAACUGGCAGAACAUGUAGGUGGAGUGUAGAUUAUCAUCAGCUGGGGAAGUGAGCGAGCUGGUCUUUCCACUUAAAUGAACAGGAGAAAAAGUGUCACAAAACAAGUCCCGCUCCACUGUGGAGACGUAAGGAACUGCAGAUGCUGCUUUACAAAAACGGACACAUAAUGCUGGCGUCCCUCAGCAGUCUGAAGAAAGGUCCCGACACAAAACAUCAUCUAUCCAUGUUCUCCAGAGAUGCUGAUAGAAGGAACUGCAGAUGCUGCUUUACAAAGAAAAAAGUCACAAAGUACUGGAGAAACACAGCGGGUCGGGUUGCAUCUCUGGAGAACAUGAAUAAGUGAUGUUUGGGGUCAGGACUCAAGAAGGUGUCCCAGGCCGAAACUGUCACCUAUUCAUGUUCUCCAGAGUUGCUUCCUGACCCACUGUUUUACUCCAGCACUUUGUGUCCUUGUCUGUCGUGUUUCACAAGAUAACACCGAGUACUAACAUCGCCCAUUCACCACUCGAGGGAAUGUUUGGCCGAGAUACGUGCCUCUGUUACCCGCGUGGUGUUUAAUAACAGACAGACAUUGUUUAAUGUGGGUUCAAGGAAACACACACCAACAAUACAACCAGAACCUUGACUAAACAAACUUCAUUGUCCACAUUGCAAUAUGAUUUAAAAUGCGUGUAAUCUAGUGAGUUACCAGGUUCACUUUGAAACUCAUUGUCGGCUUAUAAGUCUUGCAUCAGUGGUAAGGAAGUUAUUUGGAAGUGUUCUGAGAAAUUUAUCUGCACUUUGAAAGGAAGGGAUAGCCAGCAAUGUUUAUUAAGGGGAGAUUAUUUGUCUUGUCUAAUUUGAUUGAAUUUUUUAAAGAGGAUUUAUAUUAUUUAUGAUGACCAACUGGAAUGGUUGAUAGUAAUGGGUUAUGAUAGUAAUGAUUAUUUGUUUUGGAGAGCAAGAGGGUUAUGAAGGCAUAUUCCUACCAAAUGAUUGAACUAGUAGGGUGUUUGCUUUGCUCUGCAAACAGAUUGUUUUCUGAGUUUAGUGUAAUCUAGAGACAGGGCACGCAAACAGGCCCUUCGGCCCACAGUGUCCAGGCCGACCAUUGAUCACCCAUUCACUCCAGUUCUAUGUUAUCUCACUUUCCCAACACGGGGAAAUUUAGAGGCCAACCGACCUACAAACCUGUACCCCACAUCGAGUCCACGCUGACCAGCGAUCCCCGCAUACUAAUACUAUUCUGCACACACACUGGGGACAAUUUACAAUUAUACCCAAGUCAAUUAACCUACAAACCUGAAUACCUUUGGAGUGUGGGAGGAAACCCGAGCAGCACCCGGAGAAAACCCACGCAGGUUACAGGGAGAACGUACAAACUCUGUUCAGACAGCACUCAUAGUGAGGAUCAAACCUGGGACUCUGGCGCUGUAAGGCAGCAACUCUACCGCUGCCUCACCGUGACGCACAACUGCAGCAUUUUGGCUCUCCGUGCUCCUGCCUGACUUGUGCAAGGCCCCAUCAUAGUGAACGAACCCUGCCUAAGAACACCAACCCUCAACACUAAUUUAUGGGUGGGACCCAUUCGGCCUCUUGGACUGUACACAGAACAUUUUCCUGUCAAACGCUGGAAGAAACGCUGGAACGCUGCGGUGAAGCAGGAAGAUUCAAGUACAUCGGUGUUGUCACUUUUGCAGGGAAUACCACUGAGUAUACCACAGGGUAACUAAACUGAGACAGAAUAUAAGCUCGGCCAUUGAUGUUGUCUGAUCAUCUAAAUUCCUUUCAUUUUCAUCAAGAAUACCAUAUUCUGAAAUUCUACAUAUUGUGCCAUAUUGAUCCAAUGUGCAAUCGAUUUUUACAGUUUUAAAACUAAUAUUUAUAUUUGUGACUUGUUAAAAAUAAAGUUACUAGAAAAAGGAA